GAGGCGUCCCCACCUCCUGUGAACACUUGACACAGACAGCCCCGAAGCCCGUGCCGCUGGGGCACGCAGGGUCGCGAAUCCCUCUGCCCAGUGGCGCCUGCGCAGCGCGACUCAGAGGCGUGGCUGCUGGGGGGCUAGUCCCCGGAAGUCCUGGGUGGGUAGACGUCGCACCCGGAAGUAAAGCGGCUCCGCGACGGAGCGGCGGUGCGCGCGGCAGGGCCCGGAGUAUCCCGCUUUUUUUGGAGGAAACAACCGUAUCAGAUCUGCGCUGCGGCUGAGGCAGGCUACAACCACUGGCACGGCUGACCAUGGCCCUUUCUGCGGAGACCGAGUCACACAUCUACCGAGCUCUGCGUACUGCUUCUGGCGCUGCCGCCCACCUUGUGGCCCUGGGCUUUACCAUCUUUGUGGCUGUGCUUGCCAGGCCUGGCUCCAGCCUGUUCUCCUGGCACCCGGUGCUUAUGUCUCUGGCUUUCUCCUUCCUGAUGACCGAGGCACUACUGGUGUUUUCUCCUGAGAGUUCGCUGCUGCGCUCCCUCUCACGGAAGGGCCGAGCACGCUGCCACUGGGUGCUGCAGCUGCUGGCCCUGCUGUGUGCACUGCUGGGCCUCGGCCUUGUCAUCCUCCACAAAGAGCAGCUUGGCAAAGCCCACCUGGCUACGCGGCAUGGGCAGGCAGGGCUGUUGGCUGUGCUGUGGGCAGGGCUGCAAUGCUCAGGUGGAGUGGGGCUGCUCUACCCCAAGCUGCUGCCCCGCUGGCCCCUGGCGAAGCUCAAGCUAUACCAUGCUACCUCUGGGCUGGUGGGCUACCUGCUGGGUAGUGCCAGCCUCUUGCUGGGCAUGUGCUCACUCUGGUUCACUGCUUCUGUCACUGGUGCAGCCUGGUACCUGGCUGCACUAUGCCCUGUCCUCACCAGCUUGGUCAUUAUGAACCAGGUGAGCAAUGCCUACCUAUACCGCAAGAGGAUCCAACCAUGAGCUCUUCCCAGCCUAGGGGAAGCCUGGAUUUGCCCCUCCAUGUAGGAGCUGGGGGUAGGGACCUCUUGAACUCUCUCAGCUGAGUCAGGGGACACCUCAGGCACUGGGACAGUUGGGCAGUUGGAGGCCCAUAUGUGAAUUCCUGCUCAUGCUGGAGUGCCUCCCAUUUCCUUCCCCUCUCUCCGUCAUCCCAGAGGAACUUAUGCAUCAUGUGUCUGGAUGAAGCUAGGGCUGCAAGACUGCCUCCCCUGCAAGGCAGCUCAUACUUGUACUGUGUGUCCAGAAAUUUCAGGAGAGAAAAAAGUAAAAAUUUUUACAAAAA